AUGAAUCUCGCACCAAAAGAGAUCGACAAGCUCCUCAUUUAUCAGACCGGCUCCCUCGCCCAACGUCGUCUCGCUCGAGGCACUCGUCUGAACCACCCGGAAGCUCUCGCCCUCAUCGCCAGCGUCCUACACGAACUCAUUCGCGAUGGCAAUCACACAGUCGCAGAUCUCAUGGCUUUGGGCCCGACACUGCUGGGUCGACGCCAUGUUUUACCUUCAGUCCCACAUACCUUGACCGAGCUCAUGGUCGAAGGGACAUUCACGACUGGAACAUAUCUGGUAACUGUCCACCACCCCAUCGGCAGCGACGACGGAGAUCUGAGCAGAGCCUUAUAUGGAUCUUUCUUGCCAUUUCCGGAAAAUGCUAAGGCCUUCCCGUGGCCGCCGAAGGAAGGUCUGGAGCUGUACGAAGACGAAACGAAGAUGCCCGGAGCUGUGAUCGCGAAGAAAGAGAGGAUCGUGAUCAAUGAGGGGAGAAAGAGGAUUGCUUUGAAGGUCACCAGUCGUGGGGAUCGACCUAUACAGGUUGGUAGCCACUACCACUUCAUCGAGGUCAAUCCGAAGCUGGAGUUCGAUCGUCUCAGAGCAAGAGGCUUCAGACUGGAUAUCGCAGCUGGCACGAGUGUGAGGUUUGAGCCCGGCGAUAGUAAGACGGUAAAUUUGGUCGAGAUUGCUGGCAAGCAGAUCAUCAAAGGCGGGAAUGGUAUUGCGACCGGACAUGUACGGGAUGAAGGCAUGACAGAAAAGGUCUUGCACAGACUCCAGGAAGGCGGUUUCUUGCACCGUGAAGAGCCGACGAGUGAUCAGAGGUUGGAUCCUUUCAGUAUAUCGAGACAUGAUUACAUUCACAUGUUUGGUCCCACCACUGGCGACAAAAUCCGUCUAGGAAGUACGGAUCUCUGGAUCACGAUCGAGAAGGACUUCACGGUAUACGGUGAUGAGUGUUCUUUUGGUGGCGGAAAGACCAUUCGAGAUGGAAUGGGUUCUGCUUCGGGUACUUCUAGCAAAGAGUCACUGGACACCGUGAUCACGAAUGCCAUCAUUGUCGACUGGAGCGGCAUCUACAAAGCUGAUAUUGGCAUCAAAAAUGGUCUCAUAGUAGGUAUCGGCAAAGCAGGCAAUCCAGACGUGAUGGAUGGCGUACAUUCAGAUCUGAUCGUAGGCACGCACACCGAUGUCAUCGCUGCGGAGGGCAGUAUAGUCACCGCUGGCGGGUAUGAUAGCCACAUACAUUUUAUCUGUCCGCAACAGGCGUAUGAUGCCAUCGCAAGCGGUGUUACGACUUUCUUGGGCGGCGGUACAGGACCGUCUACAGGCACGAAUGCGACGACUUGUACGCCGAGCAAGGACCUCAUACGUGGGAUGUUCCAGGCCAUCGACAACAUACCUCUGAACGUCGGUAUUACUGGAAAAGGUAAUGAUGCCGAGAUGCAUCCGCUGAUUGAGCAAGUCGAAGCCGGUGUUUGUGGUCUGAAGUUGCAUGAGGAUUGGGGCAGCACGCCUGUAGCGAUCGACACCUGCCUCUCCGUCUGCGAAAAAGAGGAUAUCCAGUGUUUGAUUCACACGGACACCCUAAAUGAGGCAGGCUUCGUGGAAACGACGGUCAAGGCGUUUAAAGAUCGCACAAUCCACACCUACCAUACCGAGGGAGCUGGCGGCGGACACGCUCCCGAUAUCAUAAGCGUGGUCGAACAUGAGAACGUUCUUCCGUCGUCCACAAACCCUACACGCCCGUACACAGGCAACACGCUAGACGAACACCUAGACAUGCUAAUGGUCUGCCACCACCUCUCCCGCAACAUCCCCGAAGACGUCGCCUUCGCCGAAUCACGUAUCCGCGCCGAAACCAUCGCAGCCGAAGACGUGCUACACGAUCUAGGCGCAAUCAGCAUGAUGUCGUCCGACUCCCAAGCCAUGGGCCGCUGUGGCGAAGUCAUCCUCCGAACAUGGAACACAGCCCACAAGAACAAAGUGCAGCGCGGCUUCCUCCCCGAAGACGAAGGCACGGGAGCCGACAAUUUCCGCGUGAGACGAUAUCUCAGUAAAUAUACCAUCAACCCGGCCAUAGCACAAGGCAUGUCGCACCUCAUCGGCUCCAUCGAAGUGGGCAAGUUCGCGGAUCUCUGCCUCUGGAACUUUAGCUCCUUUGGCGUGAAGCCAAGACAAGUUAUGAAGGGUGGCAUGAUUGCCUGGUCAUUGAUGGGUGAUCCGAACGCGAGUAUUCCCACCGUUGAACCCGUGAUCAUGCGGCCGAUGUUCGGGGCUAUGGAACCCAGUCGAAGUAUCACUUGGGUCUCGCAGGCUUCGGAGAAGAAUGGUGUGGUGAAGUCUUAUGGUUUGAGGAAGAGGGUGGAGGUCGUGAAGGGGUGUAGAAAUAUUGGGAAGAAGGAUAUGAAGCUUAAUGAUGCGAGGCCGAAGAUGAAGGUUGAUCCGGAGAGAUAUACUGUCGAAGCUGACGGUGUGCUGAUGACGGCGGACCCGGCGAAGGAGCUACCGCUUGCGCAGCAGUACUUUAUCUUUUGA